ACCAAGAGUCAUCAGUGUGAAAGAAGCGGAGGCCUGUUUAAUUUCUGUCGUUUGGUUGAUAAGUUCGCGUCCGCUGAAAGUCGCUCGUUUGACACCGGGCUUAUGUCGAAGGACGGCCGGCACGAUGGGCGCCGGCGAGGCGCGGGUCAACAGCACCGGUUCGGGCUAAGAUCUGGUCAGUGCGGGGAUGGGAGAGAUAGAUCGGGCAGUAACAGUUCUGGAUCAUCUCAUGGAGGAGGCAGAGGCAGGAAUACGCCCAUCAACAUCGCCCUAAAGGCCUCUUUCCAGCGUUCCAACAGCCAUGACAAGGUAAGGAAGAUCGUGGCAGAGGAAGGCCGGACCGCUCGCAACCUCAUCGCAUGGAGUGUACCAGUGGAGAGCAAGGAGGAGGAGGGUAAAUCAAAGAAUCACACUAACAGCAAUGCAAGACCUCAACGAAUCAACGCGGGGCUCCACAGGAACAAAAAACAGAACAUAGCACUGGACUGCAAAAACACACCUGGGUCGAUACUGGACAAAGGAGCUGAGAAAAGCCCCACCAAAACCAGACAGCCGCGGAAGGUGGACCUCAGAGCGCGAUACUGGGCCUUCCUGUUCGAUAACCUGCGGAGGGCAGUGGACGAGAUUUACGUGACCUGUGAAUCAGAUCAGAGUGUGGUGGAGUGUAAGGAGGUUCUUAUGAUGUUGGAUAACUACGUCCGAGACUUCAAAGCUUUAAUCGACUGGAUCCAGCUGCAGGAGAAGCUGGAGAAAACAGAUGCUCAGAACAGGCCAACAUCUUUGGCUUGGGAAGUUCGAAAGAUGUCUCCAGGGCGCCAUGUGAUGCCCAGCCCUUCAUCGGACCGAAUUAUUCCCUCACCCAGUGUUCGUCGUGCCCUCAACUUUGGGGGUCCUCCUCCCACUUUGGCUGUAUCACGACUCUCCCACACCGGACCCAGCUGGGCUGACCGAGUCAAGUCCUCACAGUCUCUUCCAGUGCCCAGCCAAACCAUCAACAUCCCUCCUGAAAAACCAGCAAAGAAAGAUGCAGAGGGCUGGGAGACCGUUCAGCGUGGGCGUUCCAUGAGGCCCCGUUCCAUCGCUAUGGUUGCCAAGGUAAGCCCUGUCCUGGCCCAUGUAAGCCCCAAAGAUGACAGUGAUAAGGAGAACCAGCAGCUCCAGCCUUCACCAAAGGACAAAGCUCAGGAGGUUAGGGAACAAGAGCAACCCAUUUCACAGGAGCAGAGCCAAGAGACAGACAAGAUCCCCAUCAUCGAGCCCCUAACAGAAACUGUUGAAGAGCCGGUGCAGAACAUCAGCAUCCCCUCCGAGGACGCGCCACCACCUAUGUCUGACCCCACGCCACCCCCACCCUCUCCACCUUCCAAGUCCCAGAACCCUGUUGUAGCCUUUGAUCCAGGCCCUCCUCCUCCAACCCUUUCCCAGCUGGAGGAACCGGACCCUGGGCAGACGGAAGGGGAACAAGGGACUGAGGGGUCAGCAUGGCAGGUCGCACCACCAUCGGCAGAAGCAACGGCAGUGGUUCAUGCUCCCCUGGAAGUGGUGAAACUAGAGCGCUUGCUGGACCCCACAGAACUUUCCACUCCCCAGUCCAUGGCUGAGGUUUUGGCUAAGAAGGAAGAGCUGGCCGACCGCCUGGAAAAAGCUAAUGAAGAGGCGAUCGCAAGUGCUAUCGCAGAGGAGGAACAGCUGACACGAGAAAUUCAGGCAGAGAACAACGAACUGGAAACGGACAACGAAAGUGACUUUUCUGCGAGUAUCGGGAGUGGAAGUUGUGGCCUGAAUUUAGAUUGGAGCGAGAUGCUAGCUGAUUAUGAUGCUCGGGAGCCCUGGCGUCAAAGCACUUCCUGGGGUGACAUGGUGGAGGAGGAGCCAGCCCGCCCACCUGGUCAUGGCAUCCACAUGCACGAGAAACUCUCCUCUCCUUCACGCAAACGAACCAUUGCGGAGUCGAAGAAAAAACAUGAAGAGAAGCAACUCAAAGCACAGCAGCUUCGAGACAAACUGAGAGAGGAGAAGACGCACAAACUACAGAAACUAAUGGAAAGAGAGAAGGAGGUGAGGAAAUGGAAAGAGGAGCUGUUGGAUCAGAGGAGGAAGAUGAUGGAUGAGAAGCUGCUUCACGCAGAAUUUAAGCGAGAGCUUCAACUGCAGGCUAUCGUGAAGAAAGCUCAGGAAGAGGAGGCAAAGGUGAAUGAGAUCGCGUUCAUCAACACUCUGGAAGCCCAAAAUAAGAGACAUGACGUACUGUCUAAACUAAACGAAUAUGAACAACGACUCAACGAACUACAGGAGGAACGCCAGCGGAGGCAGGAGGAAAAACAAGCCAGGGAUGAAGCUGUUCAGGAGCGUAAGCGGGCUCUGGAGGCAGAACGGCAGGCACGUGUGGAGGAACUUCUGAUGAAGAGAAGAGAACAAGAGGCCAGAAUCGAGCAACAGCGCCAGGAGAAGGAGAGAGCGAGAGAAGAUGCUGCGCGAGAGAGAGCCAGGGACCGUGAGGAGCGUCUGGCAGCUCUCAGUGCAGCUCAACAGGAAGCCAUGGAAGAACUACAGAAGAAGAUCCAGAUGAAGCAUGAUGAGAGCAGCCGUAGACACAUGGAACAGAUCGAGCAGAGGAAAGAGAAGGCAGCUGAGUUGAGCAGCGGAAGACACGCUAACACGGACUACGCACCCAAACUCACACCUUAUGAACGAAAGAAACACUGUUCACUCUGUAAUGUUGUGAUCACCUCUGAGGUGCACCUGUUCAGUCACAUUAAGGGGAAAAGACACCAGCAGGCCGUCCGGGACAGCAGCAGCAUUCAGGGGCGAGAGCUGUCGGAUGAGGAGGUGGAACACCUAUCACAAAAAAAGUACAUCGUAGACAUCAUGACGGACAACAGCAUGCCCUCAGAGAGUGCAAAAGACGCAGAAGAGAGGCAGAAAGCUCGGAAAAAGGCCAAGAAACUGCGGGCACGCAUGAACUCGAGGGCUAAGGAGUAUGAGACAUGCAUGGAAGCCAAGACACAGAUCCCCGACUCUCCUUACAAGGCGAAGCUCCAGCGUCUGGUGAAGGACCUGGUAAAGCAACAACAGGGACAGGACAGUGGCCAGUGGGCCAGUAAUAAAGUGUCUGGCCUGGACAGAACCCUGGGAGAAAUCUCACGAAUUUUAGAGAAACAGAAUAAUGCAGAUCAGGUAGCAUUUCAGGUAGGAGGGGGUUUAUCUGCUUUGGAACAGAUCCUACAGGUUGUCACUGCAGUCUCCACUCCCACCAUGGUCCCCCGUAUUCCUCUCAAGUCCCUCUGUUCUGCCGUGAACACGUAUUACCUGUCCUGUGCACGCUGCCUCAACAACUGUUCCUAUGUUCUCUUCAGCAACAAAAUUACCUUUCUCAUGGACCUUCUCCUUCAUCAGUUAAUGCUCUUCGUGCCAGACGAGGACAAAAGCAUCUUCGGCUGCAGUGUCAAUAAGCAGAUCUUUGAGGGUUUGACGACAGGUCUUCUACAAACAGUCGCCACAGUGCUGGGGCAGCUGUAUCCACCUCAUUUGAAUGGAGAUGCGCCACGCAUCUGCACUCCAGACACCAAGAGCCAACCCAUCGCCAACGAGAACUUCAACACACGUGUGCAAGAUCUCAUCAGUUAUGUGGUGAACAUGGGCUUGAUCGACAAGUUGUAUGGCUGUUUCCUGUAUGUACAAGGACCAGUAGAUGAGUGUCCCAAGAUGGCUUCGUUUUUGGAGCAAGCCACAGCUUUUCUGCAUGGGAUGUGUAAACUGGAUUUUGCUGUGACUGGCCGUUCUCUGAGUGUCUUCGAAAACAAACGUCAGGACCCCACUGGUUUUACGACUCUUCUGCAGAGCACCGACCUGGUGGGUGUUCUCCACAUGCUGUACUGCAUCUUGCUCCACAAUGCCCUCCCUGAGUCCCUCUCUGCUGGCCCUGUGGGACUUCAGGAGCCUUACAACCCCUUUGUCAUCCAGGUGGCCCUCCAGGGGCUGCGCUUCCUCAACACCUUUGCCCUGUUGGACCUUGCAGCCUUCCAGACUGUUCUAGGAGCAGAGGGGCUAUCUCUGGCCUUCAGACACAUUGUGAGCUGUUUGCUGUGGUACUGCUCUCAACAUAGCUCUGAGGAACUGCUUCAUGAGCUCAUCAUCUGUGUGGGAUACUUUACCGUCAACCACCCAGACAAUCAGGUGAUUGUACAGUCUGGCCGGCAGCCCAGCGUGCUGCAGAAACUGUGUCAGCUGCCGUUCCAGUAUUUCAGCCACCCGCGACUCAUCAAAGUGCUCUUCCCCUCUCUCAUCUGCGCCUGCUACAAUAACCUGCAGAACAAGGUCAUCCUGCAACAGGAAAUGAGCUGCGUGUUGCUGGCCACCUUCAUACAGGAUUGUGCCACCAAUGAGAGCCAAUCGGACAGCAGAGCUUCAAAACCAGAGAAGGGCUGGGCUCCUCUGGACUACUGCGAGCUCUCCAACCGAUUCCCACGAGAUCAGUGGGACACCGCACUUCAGUUCUUCCUCAAGAAGCAGGAUGAGUGAAGGAGAAAUGCACACUUGAGCAUGCACUGUCCAUUACAGUAAAGUCACUUAUAAAAGCACAUUGUUGAUAAACCCUACAUACAACCCCGCAAUCUAAACUGUACCAGAGAGGGUUUAGGGUGCACACUUGGUGCCUGACCACACCUUUAUUAGUUAAUCACAGUAAUCAGACCUAUAGUCGGAGUAAAAUGAGUGUUUGUGCACCCAUCAGUCGAUAGUGAUGUAUUUCUGGUGGCUGUGUAGUAACAUUGUAAAUACAUUGCAAAUUCUGUUAAAGUUUCAGAAACAUGACAUUUGUGCACACUGAGAUAACUGACCUUUCCAUUAAAUAUUUAUGAGCAAUAGGCCAUGUUUACGAGUAGUGUUUAAUUUACAUUUUUCUUAAAUACAGUUUUUGGAGUCAGCUACAUUCAUAGUGAUCAUGCAUCUCACAAAAGAGCGACUCUCUCUAAAUCUUCGGUUUCAACUUUGAGAUGUCUGGGUGUUUUGAUUGAGUUUUGGGGGACGCUAUUGUAUUGUUUUGUAAAUAAAGGCAUUUGGAUGAAUGAUCUAGAAUAAAGAAAAGCACUAAUUUAGGGAGAAUGAUGAGUUACCUCAUCUGUUGGUUUUCAUUUUCUGAAUUGUUUCUAUGCAUAAAGAGGAAGACUGCUUCCUAUAGUUGACAUGUUAUGAUUUUUCAUAAUCUUUUUGUUGUUGUUGUUUCUUGUUUGCUUGAUUUUUUUUUUCUACUGUAAUUUAUACACCCUGAAAAUAUAUUUUACACAUUGUUUUUGCUUGUUGGCCUGUCAUUUUCUCUGAGCAUUUAAGCACUUAAAAAGGUUAAUUUAAAAAAAUAUGCAUCUCUCAGACGAGUUUAAUAAAAUAUUUAAUACUGCACA